AUGUCUACUCAUGUUUUAAACACGUCAAAAAGCAUCCAAAAGUGUCACACAAGUGUUUCUAAAGAUUUAAAGCGUGAUGCCAAAAAACAUAAAAAAAAAUCUUUAUUUGCUACCAUUGAUGAACAACAAGUUUGUCGUAUUUUGACCUCGUUAGUUCAAUGUUAUAGGACGAUCGUUCCUGAGAUUCUUGAACUUUUUCAAAAUUUAGAUCAUGGAGCUCAUGUUGCGUUAACCGGUAUACCGGACGCUCAGAUACGAAAAAAAUUGCGUCAUUUAUUUUAUGCUCUUCAUUUAACCGUUGACUCAACUCCCAAGUGUCAAGACGCGGCACGACAUCAAUCUUUUAAAGCUCCUCGGGAUUACCGUCAUCACUUAAGAUCUUUUAUUAAGGCGUUAUUAAAACAAGUGGCUGAAAAGCUUGAGAUUUCUUGGUCUUCAUUAAAAAAACCAGUCAUGGCGACAAAUGUCAAUACACCGUCAUCUUUCCCUUUGGAGAAUGACAAAAUUCUCUCGUUAAUGGAACUUCAUCAAAAAGGUGUGUAUAAAUCCUCAACCCUACCAAAUCUGAACCAACCCAUGGAUUUGUGGGGAAAACCUCAAGCGGAGCAAAAAAUAAUGACAAAUGCUCAGGUAACUGAAGGCCAGCCUUGGCGACGGUUUGAUAGGGAUUAUUGUUUUUCCAAUUCCGCGAAGAUAUCCAAGGAAGAAUUCCAUCGUUGUUUUAAACAACCACAAAAUUCCUUGUCAUCACGGUUUCGAUCCUAAUUCAACUUUCAAUGUAGUGUUUUGUUGUACAUGGGUAAAUCGUCCAUAUAUUUUUUAAAACAAAUAUGAAAAAUUUGAAACAAGUUUUUGUUUUUUCUAU